AUGGACGAAGCACUUGGUGCUUCUCCGGGCAGUACUCAGGCGGCAUGUCAGCAUCGAUCCCCUCCCAUCCACGACACCUUCUGGCGUCGCAUCUUGACCCGCCUCGCCGUCUCCAUAGUGAACACCAAAGGCCUCCGGCACCUAUUCAAGUCGCCAGGAGGCGUAAUUUUCGUUUCUAAUUUCUGUAUCAAGGCUGGUCCUUUCACAACCCUUGCGGAGGCAAAUGUCCUGCGAUUUGUUCGCGAGAAUACGACGAUCCCGGUGCCAACCGUCUAUUGCGCCUUCACCGACCAGGACCGGACAUACAUUGUCAUGGAGCGAAUUCGGGGCACUAUGCUCGCCUCAACAUGGUACCGACGCUCCGAGGAGUCGAAAGCGAAGAUAUUAUCUCAGCUCAGGGACAUGGUCCAGCAGCUCCGGAGGAUCCCGCCACCCAAGGACAUUGGGGUCGCGAAUGUGGACGGUGGGCCGAUAUACGACCCCCGACUCCCCAACGAUUCAUUCUGGGGACCGUUUGACACGAUUGAUGACUUCCAUCGGCAAUUGCGGCAGGGUACAGACGGCCAUCACCCGGAGGACCCGCCCGAUCUCCAGGAGCUGAUCAGCUUCCACGAACGCCCGAGCCCUCCCCCGGUUUUCACGCAUGGUGAUCUCAGCAGCCUCAAUAUACUUGCAAGAGGGGACGAGAUAGUAGGAAUUGUGGAUUGGGAGACCACUGGAUGGUACCCUCCCUACUGGGAAUAUACGUCCGCAAUUCAUGUCAAUCCGCAGAAUCAGUUCUGGCAGGAUGAAAUCGACAAAUUCCUCGACCCGAUGCCGUACGAACUGGAGAUGGAACGGAUUCGACGGCGCUAUUUUGGCGACUUCUAA